AUGACCCGCUGGAUUCCCACUAAAAAAGAGAAGUACGGAGUGGCAAUCUACAAUUAUGAUCCCCGUGGCGUGCAGGAGCUGUGUCUACAGGUGGGGGACACGGUGCACAUACUUGAGAAAUUGGAAGGCUGGUAUAGGGGCUACACGCUCAGAAAGAAAUCGCAGAAGGGCAUUUUCCCAGCUUCCUACAUCCACUUAAAGGAGGCCACGGUUGAGGGAACAGGCCAACAGGAAACAAUUAUUCCAGCAGAUUUACCCCUUGUGCAGGAGAUAGGGGCUACCCUGAGGGAAUGGGUGCAGAUAUGGCACGAGCUCUACGUGGCGAACAAGAUACCCCAGUUCAGGAGUGUGCGGCAGAUGGCCUACAGCCUCAUCGAAUAUCGAUCUCAGAUAGUGUCAGGAACGCUACCAAAGGACGACCUUGUGGAACUGAAAAAGAAAGUCACAGCAAAGAUUGAUUAUGGGAACAGGAUAUUAGGGUUGGACCUGGUGGUGCGAGAUGAAGCAGGUAAUACUCUGGAUCCUGACCGGACCAGCACCGUCAGUCUGUUUCGGGCGCAUGAGACGGCCUCCCGUAGCGUUGACGACAGGAUACAGGAAGAGAAGACACGACUUCAAAACCUGGAAAUGAGGCGUCAGACCCUGUUCAGCUCGGUGCAUACAUACAGUCUCCUCAUGAGCCUCAAAAACUUUGUGUGCAACAUCGGAGAAGAUGCUGAGCUGCUCAUGUCUCUGUAUGACCCGGACCAGUCGGAAUUCAUCAGUGAGAACUUCCUGGUGCGCUGGGACAGUAUGGGGAUGCCUAAAGAAAUCGAAAAACUCAACAACCUGCCCGCCUUAUUCACGGACCUGAGCAGCAGCGACCUGAUGAGGCAGCGCCUCUUCCUGGUGUGUCAGAUCAUCAGAGUGGGCAGCAUGGAGCUCAAAGAGUGCAAGAAGCAAACCGCCGGGUUGAGGAGACCCUUCGGCGUGGCUGUUAUGGACAUUACAGACAUUGCCCACGGCAAAAUAGAUGAUGAGGACAAACAGCAUUUCAUCCCCUUUCAACAGAUCGCUAUGGAAACCUACAUCCGCCAGAGGCAGCUCAUCAUGUCUCCUCUCAUCCCUUCUCGAGUUAUAGGAGAGAACGAGCCGCUCACGGCGGUCUUCAACAAAGUUAUAGCCACGCGGGAGGUCAAUCACAAAGGCCAGGGGCUGUUCGUGACCCUGAAGCUCCUCCCAGGGGACCUUGCUCAAGUCAGGAAGGACUCCCCCCACUUUGUAGACCGCAGCACGGCAAUCGUCAGAAAAAUGGGCUUUCCAGAGAUCAUCCUCCCAGGAAACGUGAGGAAUGAUAUUUAUGUAACCUUGCUUCAGGGAGAGUUUGACCGUGGUAAAAAGAAGACCCCCAAAAACGUAGAAGUCAUACUGAGUGUGCAUGAUGACGAAGGCAAUCCGAUGGAGAAAGCGGUUUUUCCUGGUGCCGGCUACGAUGGCAUAACAGAGUACAGGUCUGUCAUUUACUACCAGGUGAAGCAGCCUUGUUGGAAUGAAACUGUUAAGGUGACUAUUCCCAUUGAAGACGUGUGCCGCUGCCACCUGAGGGUGAUGUUUCGACACAGAUCCUCCCAAGACUCCAGGGACAAAUCAGAGAAGCCUUUCGGCAUGGCUUUCGUCAGGCUUAUGAGAGGAGAUGGAACCACACUAAAAGAUGGCCGACAUGAACUUAUCGUCUAUAAGGUUGACGUGAAGAAGGCAGAAGACGCAAAUGUUUACCUCACCUUGCCAGCAACUUGGACUGAAGUGGAGGAGAAGGAGAAGCAGACGGGGAAGCAGUUUCACCACUCAGGAGCGAUUCCUGUGACCAAAGACAGCUUCCAGAUCGCAACGCUCACCUGCUCCACCAAACUCACUCAAAAUGUGGACCUGCUUGGCCUGUUGAACUGGAGGUCUAAUCCUGAAGAUCUUGAGCAGAUUUUGCAAAGACUCAUGGAGGUGGAAGGAGGGGAAAUCGUCAAAUUUCUUCAGGACACCCUUGAUGCUCUGUUCAACGUCAUGAUGGAGACAUCAGAAAAAGACACAUAUGACACCCUGGUGUUCGAUGCCCUGGUUUUUAUUAUCAACCUUAUUGGCGACAUCAAGUUCCAGCAUUUUAAUCCAGUUCUGGAAACGUAUAUCAACAAGCACUUCAGUGCCACUUUGGCUUACAUGAAGCUAACCAAGGUGCUUAACUACUAUGUGGGUCAUGCCGAGGAGCCCACUCUGACAGAGAAGCUCUAUGCAGCACUCAAAGCUCUCAAGUACCUUUUCAGGUUUAUUGUGCAGUCCCGAGUCCUCUAUCUCAGAUUCUAUGGGAACAGUGAAGAUGGAGACGCCUUCUUCAACUCCAUUCAUACGCUUUUCCUGUCUUUCAACACUCUGAUGGACAGACCUCUGGAUGAGGGAGUGAAAAUAAAGGGUGCAAUACUGAAAUACCUCCCCAGCAUCAUUAAUGACAUCCAGACCGUGUUUGAUCCCGUGAAGCUCAGUGUUCUUCUCGCAAAGUUCAUUGGGAGCAUUCCUGACUUGCAGCUGAUGCGUCAGAAGCUGGGCUGCAUGUGUAAAAUAGUUGAGAGUGACCUUUUCAAGCAGCCAGAUUGUCGAGAUGUGCUCCUGCCGCUCGUCACCGACCAGCUCAGUGGGCAGCUGGACGACCACUCCAAUAAACCGGAUUAUGAGGCUUGUGUUCAACUGCUCAGCACGGUGCUGGACAACCUGGACCGCAAAGGAGUGGGUCCAACCAGAGGGCACAUUCAGCUGAUAAUGGAGCGGCUUCUUCGCAGGGUUAAUCGCACUGUCAUCAGCAUGGACAGAUCCUCUCCUCUCAUUGGCCACUAUCUUGCCUGCAUGACGGCCAUCCUGAAGCAAAUGGAUGAGAUGCAUUACACCCACUACAUCAGCACCUUCAAAACGAGACAGGAUAUCAUUGACUUCCUCAUGGAGACAUUCAUCAUGUUUAAAGACCUGAUGGGAAAUGUCUUCCCUUCUGAUUGGAUGGUCAUGAACCUGGUGCAGAUGCAGGUCUUCCUGAGGGCCAUCGACCAGUACUCAGAUGUGCUCAACAAGCUUUUCCUGGAUCAGGCCCACUUUGAACUCCAGCUAUGGAAUAACUACUUUCAUUUGACCGUGGCGUUUCUCACCCACAAGAUACUGCAGCUGAAAUCCUUCUCUCAAGAGAAACGGAAGAAGAUACUAAACAAAUACGGAGACAUGAGGAAGAAGAUGGGAUUUAAGAUUCGAGAUAUGUGGUACAACCUCGGCCCACACAAAUUGAAGUUUAUCCCGGCCAUGGUGGGGCCCAUUCUGGAGGUCACGCUGGUGCCUGAGCCUGAGCUCAGGAAGGCUACCAUUCCCAUCUUCUUCGAUAUGAUGCAGUGUGAGCACAACUUCAGCCCCACGCGCACUUUUGAAACGUUCGAGAACGAAUUGAUAACAAAACUGGAUCAAGAAGUAGAGGGAGGUCGAGGGGAUGAGCAGUACAAAGUCCUGCUGGAGAAAACAUUGCUGGAGCACUGCAGACGCCACAGAUACCUGUCCCAGUCUGGAGAGGAGCUGGCCCUGCUGCUGAGCAGCCUGCUGGAGAACCUUCUGGCGUACCGAACCAUCGCACAAGAUGGAAGUCCUGAGCACCGCAUGAGCUGCACUGUCAACGUGCUGAAUUUCUACAAAGAAAAAAAGAGGGAGGACAUUUACAUCCGGUACUUGCACAAGCUGCGAAAUUUGCAUCUGGACUGUGAGAACUACACGGAGGCUGCUUACACCCUGCUGCUGCAUGCUGAAUUACUGGAGUGGUCAGAUAAACUUUGUGCACCUCAUCUGAUACCUCGAGACGGGGAGCGCACGUGGACCCAACAGGAGCUGAAGGAGAGGCUCUUCCAUGAGAUCAUUUGUUACUUUGACAAGGGCAAGAUGUGGGAGAAGGCCAUUGAGCUGGGCAAACAGCUGGCUAAGAUGCACGAGACCCACAUGUUUGACUUCAUGGAGCUGAGCCAGCUGCUGAAAAACCAAGCCAAGUUCUAUGAAAACAUAAUGCAUGCAAUGCGGCCACAGCCAGAGUACUUUGCUGUUGGAUACUACGGCCUUGGACUCCCUUCUUUCCUCAGGAACAAGAUGUUUGUCUAUCGAGGUAAAGAGUAUGAGUGGCUGGAAGACUUCAGCUUAAAGCUGCUCUCUCAGUUCCCUAAUGCGGUCCGGAUGACGAGCACAGCGCCCCCCGGAGACGACAUCUGCAGCUCACCUGGACAGUACAUCCAGUGUUUUACUGUGAAGCCCGUUCUCACAGUGCCCCCCCAGUUUAAAGACAAGGGGGUUCCAGAGCAGAUAUUGAACUAUUAUAGAACCAACGAAGUGGACCAGUUCCAGUACUCCAGACCCUUUAGGAAAGGUGAAAAGGACCCAGACAAUGAAUUCGCAACCAUGUGGAUUGAGAGAACUACUUAUGUUACCGCCUAUCGCUUCCCGGGGAUUCUCAAAUGGUUUGAAGUAAAAUCUGUCUCCGUGGAGGAGAUCAGCCCUUUAAAGAACGCCAUAGAGACUAUGGAGAAGGCCAAUGAGAAGCUGAGUAAUCUGGUGCAGCAGCAAGCGUACGACCGCUCGCUGUCCGUCAACCCGCUGUCCAUGAUGCUCAACGGCAUCGUUGACCCCGCCGUCAUGGGUGGCUUCGCCAACUACGAGAAGGCAUUCUUCACAGACACCUACAUCCAGGAGCACCCAGGUGACCACGAACGCAUCGAGGCCCUUAAACAUCUCAUCGCCCUGCAGAUCCCUUUGCUGGAGGAGGGCAUUCGAAUCCAUGGGGAGAAAGCGACAGAGCAGCUGAAGCCUUUGCACAAUCGUUUGGUCACUUGCUUCCAAGACCUUCGAGAGAAAGUGGAGUCUCUUUAUGGUGUCAUAACUCUGCCCUGUUCUCUGACGGAGAAGAAGAAGAGUCGCGUGGGCUCUGUUGUGAUGCCCUACAUCCUGUCUUCCACCCUGCGUCGCAUGUCCACAGCAUCCACCCUGUCAAGCGCCUCUUCAGGCCUCUCCAGUGGCUCCGCAUCCUCAGACGGACAUGUUACCUCCCAAGAUGAUCGCAGGGCUUCUGUUCUGUCCCGCUCCGAGGAAGACAACAGAAUUGCUAAAAAGAACAGGAAGGAGUGGAGUGUGAGCAAGUCACAAGUCCUAUUGGAGAGGAAGUUGGAUACAGAUGAGAAUUCCUCAGAUAAACAGCAGAGACCCAAAAGUUUGCAACUGGGAGACCGACGGCUCACACUGUCCCUGUUCCAGGGUGGUUCAUCACAGCUGAUCCUGUCUAACCCACUCAGCCCUCUCCCUGCCUCUCCAAGCACUCCUCACACACACCGCAGUUCCAGUUAUUCAUCACUCCUCAGUGACAACGAUGCCAAUACUAUUGACACCCCAGGGACCCCCCCACCCAUGCCUCCGAAGAAGCAUCCGCACGAGAUUGACAACCCUGGUUUGUCUUCAGAGUUUAUUCCUCCGUUACCAAUGAAAAUCGAGAGCAAGCCUCCUCCACCGCCUCCAAAGACUCGAAAGUCAAUGUUCCCCUCAUAAGAGCACCCCCCUCAGUAAGGCUCCACCUACGCACAGGCCUCCAACUUUCACUAAUUCUCUGAUUUGAGUGCGAUGAAAGCACUGUUUCUUUUGUGACACCGUGGAAACGCUGCAGCAAGGCGGCAAACCGAAGGACCGUGGGGAGGAGCUUCUGCAGCAGUAAUUCCUCUCUUUCAGGUCACAUUUCCAAACAGUCGUCUGUUCCUACGUUUGAACCAUUACUUUGGUCUGGAGCUGACAGGAAGAAUGGAUGCAGGCUGGCAGGAAAGGAUGUACGACUCUGGGGAGAUUUUAGGCACAGUCUUAGAUUCAGUUUAUUAAGGUAAUGAAAUAGAUGUUUUGUAAAUAUAAGUCACUAUGGUGUAUUUUUUUAAAUCAGUGCAGGGAAAAGGAAUGAAUAAUGGUACAACGUUGUAUUUUAUUUUUAUAUUUGUAUGGAGUGACACUGGAUGAAUCAUUCUCCCUCUGGCUGUUCAACGGCAUUCCAUAUAUGAUCAGGGAAAAAAGCUGCAUUAGAUGAACAUCAAACUUAAGAGCAGGGAACACAGUGUGUAAAAGACUGUUUGUUGGAUGUGUAGUUCUUUUGUGUUUUCUUGUAUUGUGAGCACAGCAACUUACCAAAACCACAAGGUUUCAGAGACACUGGAUGGCAUUAUUGAAUGUGGUGCAGAUUCUGCAUUUGUUUUAUCCUUGGAACUGAACUCAGCUGUACCUGAUGCUUCCAAAAUACGCAUACUGAGGGAGGUGUCAAGUGGAAGAACUGUUUUCCGUCGAGGCGUUCGUCCUCUGGGUGAAAGAUAUUUGAAAGGGUUGUCAAGUCGGUUCAUUAAAUAUAGAUCUGGAGCCAGUAUACAGCAGGAAACGAGGGGCCGAGCUCUUUACCAGGGUAACAAAAUCAGUUUAUCUGUAGUCCUUAGUUAACGCGUCGCAUCCUGUUGGAUUAAUGGGUGUGAAGUUUAAAAGCUGUGUUCUUAUUUAACAAGGAUUAUUGUUAGAAAAGGGACUGCUCCUGACCAAGUAGUAGUAAUCU